CCUGUUCCGUCUCAACAAUCCUGCAGAGAUGAAGUACUUGGUGUUUGUGCUCGUGGUGGCUGCCGCUUGCGCUUCUGAGGUGGAGAAGCGAGAGGCGGAGCCAAGCUAUGGCUACGGUGUCCACCGCCACGCCUACUACCGCCCCUACCACACCUACCACAAAAGGUCCGCUGAGCCUGAGGCCGAAGCCGAUCCUUCGUAUGGUUCUUACCACUAUCCAGGCUACUACCGUCCCUACGGUUACCACAACACUCCUUACAUCCACCAUCAUUACAAGAGGUCCGCUGAGCCUGAGGCCGAAGCCGAGCCCUCUUACAGCCCCUCCAACUACUACCGCCCCUAUUCCUACGGCUCCCAAACUCACCACUACAUUCCCUCUGUCCACCAUCACUACAAGAGAUCUGCUGACCCCGUUGCUGAUGCUGAAGCCAGUUACGGCUACAGGUCGUACCAUCCCGUGCACUAUCACUCCUACCAAUACACACCCUAUACUCACAGCCACUACAAGAGAUCUGCCGAGCCAGAAGCUGAUCCUGAUUUCCUUUAUGGCCACCACCACCCGUCCCAUAGCGGAGCUCACUAUGGUUACGGUUACCGCGCUCACCACCACGUGUGUGUGGUCUUGGUGGCUGCCGCUUGCGCUUCUGAGGUGGAGAAGCGAGAGGCGGAGCCAAGUCGUGGCUACAGCAAUGGUUACGGUCUUCACCACCACGCGUACCCCCGCACCUACUACCACCCCUACAACACCUACCACAAGAGGUCCGCUGAGCCUGAGGCCGAUGCCGAGCCUUCUUAUGGCUCGUCCAACUACUACCGCCCACACCCCUACAUUCCUUCCAUCUACCGUCACCACAAGAGAUCUGCUGACCCGUUGCUGAGGCUGAAGCCAGUUACGGCUACAGUCAUACCAUCCCCCACUACAAGAGAUCUGCCGAGCCAGAAGCUGAUCCUAAUUUCCUUUAUGGCCACCACCACCCGUCCCAUAGCGGUGUUCACUAUGGUUACGGUUACCGCGCUCACCACCACUAAGGGAGUUAAUAUGAUCCUCAUAACAGAUCUAAUCAAUCUGGCUUUCUCUGACCGGGGUUUUCGGGAAGAAACAGCUCGUUGGAUAAGACCGUCCACGGGGAGGCGAGCACUGAAUUGUACAAGUAGGAGGUCUUAUGCUGGUCUCACGGUGGAGAAGCGAGAGGCGGAGCCAAGUCGUGGUCACGGUGUCCAUCACCACGCCUACUACCACCACUACCACCGUUUCCACAAGAGGUCCGCUGAGCAUGAGGCCGAAGCCGAGCCUUCUUGCCGAGGACGCUAUCGUCCCUACCACAGCACUCCCUACGUCCAAAACAACCACAAGAGGUCCGCUGAUUCUGUUGCUGAGGCUGAAGCCAGUUACGGCAACAGGCCAUAUUACCCCGUGCAUUACCACUCCUACCAAUGCACCCCCUAUACCCAAAGCCAUUACAAGAGAUCUGCCGAGCAAGAAGCUGAUCCUAGUUUCAUUUAUGACCACCACCACCUGUCUGUUCACUACAAGAGAUCCGCCGAGCCAGAAGCUGAUCCUAGUUUCAUCUAUAGUCGCCACUACCAGUCCGUGUACCGUCCCUACCAUAACGGAGCUCACUAUGGUUACGGUCUUGCGUGGGAGCAGGUAUAUAAGGAGCCAGACGCAUUGCGGAGUCACAUCGCCCUGUUCCGUCUCAACAAUCCUGCUGAGAUGAAGUACUUGGCGUUUGUGGUCGUGGUGGCUGCCGCUUGCGCUUCUGAGGUGGAGAAGCGAGAGGCGGAGCCAAGCUAUGGCUACGGUGUCCACCGCCACGCCUACUACCGCCCCUACCACACCUACCACAAAAGGUCCGCUGAGCCUGAGGCAGAAGCCGAUCCUUCGUAUGGUUCUUACCACUAUCCAGGCUACUACCGUCCCUACGGUUACCACAACACUCCUUACAUCCACCAUCACUACAAGAGGUCCGCUGAGCCUGAGGCCGAGGCCGAGCCCCCCUUACAGCCCUCCAUCUACUACCGCCCCUAUCCCCAAACUCACCACUACAUUCCCUCUGUCCACCAUCACUACAAGAGGUCCGCGGACCCCGUUGCUGAUGCUGAAGCCAGUUACGGCUACAGGUCAUACCAUCCCGUGCAUUAUCACUCCUACCAAUACACACCCUAUACUCACAGCCACUACAAGAGAUCUGCCGAGCCAGAAGCUGAUCCUGAUUUCCGUUAUGGCCACCACCACCCGUCCCACAGCGGAGCUCACUAUGGUUACGGUUACCGCGCUACCACCACUAAGGGAGUUAAUAUGGCCUGA